ACUGUGCUUGAACUGGACAUGGGAUGCGAUGCGCACGUCCUUCAGAAACCAUAUUCUAACCAACUGGGCGCAAUUGCCGCGAACGGAACUGAUGGAGACUACGUACAUGUUUUAUUGGAGACUUGCAAAGACCAAUUGGAUGAGAAUAGCCUAUGGUUUACGUCGUGAGAAUGGUGUGAUACUUUGCGGCACACGGAAUUGAGCACCGCGGGUGAUUCUCCACCUCUGUGAGUCUCCAUCACUAUAUGUUCUCAGUUUGUCUCGUAUUCGUCCUCCAGGCAGAGUGCGUACAACCCUCACCGAAGCAGACACAGCCGCGCAUGGCCGCCAAUCUGUUCCGUUUAUGGGGCACAGCAUCCUUUCAGGCAGCCUACACCAUAGAAUACAUUCAGACAACGCAGUCCUUUAGGCUACAGAAUUUCAAAUAUUUUUUUACUUGAUAGCCUUUCAAGGAAAUAUUAUAAUUUUCUUUAUUUACGUUUUCCUUGCCAACGGGAUAAAAAUAGGCUAUAUAUUAUUUAUUGAAACUCCUUUAUGGCCAGUAUUUAUAAAUAUCAAUGGAAUGAUACGUCUGCUGUGCAGUCCUGCGCUUCAUCGGAUACCUGGCUGGUUUUACAGGGCGUGGUGUUCAUGCUAAACACUACAGGUGACACAGCUCAGGAGGCGGUGUACUGGAGAGACGCGUGUGCCGGUGAGACACCACCAAAAAUGUACAGAACAGAAAUCAAGACUGUUUACUAAGGAGAUCUCUACAAUAAUAUUUAGCCAAAAUCCAGAUAUAGAGAGAGUGUGAACUUGACUAAAGCCAAAAAAACAUGACUCACUUGCAAGCGGGCCUGAGCUCCGAGACCACAGAGAAAGCUCGUCAGGAGCUCAACGAGAACCCUGACACCCUCCAUGCGGACAUCCAGCAGGUGCGCGACAUGAUCGUGACACGGCCCGACAUCGGCUUCCUGCGCACGGACGACGACUUCAUCCUGAGGUUUCUGCGGGCGCGCAAGUUCAACCAGGCAGAGACCUUCCGGCUCCUGGCCCAGUAUUUUCAAUUCCGCCAGCAGAACCUGGACAUGUUCCAGAGCUUCAAGGUGGACGACCCGGGGAUCAAGAGGGCUCUAAUGGACGGCUUCCCAGGUGUCCUGGAGACUCCGGAUCAGCAUGGCCGGAAGAUACUCAUCCUAUUUGCUUCCAACUGGGACCAGGGAAGGAGCUCUUUCACAGACAUCCUCCGAGCCAUCCUCCUCUCCCUGGAGGUUCUCAUAGAGAACCAAGAACUCCAGAUCAAUGGCUUCAUCUUGAUCAUUGACUGGAGUAACUUCUCCUUCAAGCAGGCAUCCAAGCUCACGCCCAACAUUCUCAAACUGGCAAUCGAAGGCCUGCAGGACAGCUUCCCUGCUCGCUUCGGUGGGAUCCAUUUUGUGAACCAGCCCUGGUAUAUCCAUGCCAUGUACACCAUCAUCAAGCCUUUCCUCAAGGACAAGACUAGGAAAAGGAUUUUCCUCCACGGGAACAACCUCAACAGUUUACACCAGCUUAUCCUACCCGAUUGUCUGCCGUCCGAGUUUGGUGGCACGCUGCCGCCCUAUGACAUGGGCAUCUGGGCACGGACCCUCUUAGGGCCCAACUACAACGACGAGACGGAGUACACACUCACCUACGACGCCCUCCAUGUCAAAGGGAGCUAUGGUGGCGGAGAUAAGGAAUGUGCCAACAAACUUCUGAAAAGGUCCGAGUCAGCCGUGGAGCCGGGUACCCUACGGCAAGCUGACAGGGACAACACGGCACAGCCACUCCUGGCUCUGGACUGAUCACUCCGAUCCGUCCACAUUGUAUCCAAAGCACUCUAAUUUGGAUUCCAACCCCACUGACUCCAAAACCCUAAACUGAACUUUGAGAAAGUCAAAAACGCAGGCACGAACCCAAAAUAGAGACUAAACCCUUGUUCACAUGGAGCUACUGUACUGAAAACCUCAUCUCUUGACUGUGAGCCAGUGCCAGUUUCAAAAGCUGUGCCAUCCACUUUCACUGGCAAAACUAUAGGUCACCAGCCAUCCAAAUCAAUGCCGAUAGGAGUAGAAUGAUUAAACUAAUGUUUGUUUUAACAGUACCACUAGGAAAGACUGACUGGCCGAGUUAAAUGUCCAAAAGCCCCGCAAACAGAAUGCCAAACUACUGUAUCUUACUGUUUUAGGGGCUGUCAUUUCUAUGAAAGUCAAUAUAUUUCAAGAUUGUAUAUUUAUCAGGGCUACUGCACUAUCAGUGUGACCUCCAUCGAACCAAAAUGUAUUUAAGUCAACUUUAAAAGAAUGUAUAGGAAAUGUAUUUUAAGUUAUGUGUUGUGUUCAUUACGUGUGUGUGUGUUCAGGUUUUGUCAUCGAAAAUCACACAGCGGAGUAUAAUUUCAAAUGAGAUGAAUCACAUUAUUGUUACACUACAUAAAUUAAGCUACCUAUGUAAAUAAACACAACUUUCUGUUUAUGUUUAGAUCACUUGACACCAUUUUGACCUCAUUUUUCAUUUACUGAAAAGAAGCUAUUUAGUUUACAAUUAUUCAGUGCAACUAAUUACAACAUACAAAAUAGAAUUGAAAGAUGCAUUACUUACUUGGCAGGCCAAGUUACAACAGAUGGAACAGUUCAGUGAUUUCAACACUACAAAAAGUGAUAGAUUCAUAACAGAGUACCACAAAAGGUGAAAUAAUUCUCAAACCAUGUGGCUUUUGUGAACGUGCUUGAUUUACAACCCCAUUGUAACUAAGAAACUAUUUUGAAGCCAGGAGGAUAACUUGAAUGUGUUAUCACAGCCCAAACAGAACCCCAAGACACCCAUGUCCAUGACAGACAGCCACGCUUGGGUGAAAAGUUCAUCCUUUUUUGGGCAGACAGGAUGACAUCCAAUAGUCCUAACAAAUGACUCCGACCCAUGGCAUUAUGAUAUGUUUACAUACUCCUCUGAAGUAGGAAAUGUGGGGUACAUUGAUGUUACCCCAGUUUCCCACUCGUAUUUCCUACCCGUAAGAUCAGUAUGAGCGGUUUUGGACAUCUGAAACAGGUAGUUAUGAUGAGUCGGGCUUGCCAGGAAUUUCUUAGUCCUGAGUUUUUGAUUAUUCUGAUAGCACAUGAACUCAGCAGAAUCCCACUGGACUGAUUUGGACAUGAUUUCAUUGCUGCGAUGAAGCGGAUUACCAACGCACAUAGAGAGUGAUUAAAUAACAACAUCUAGAAGAAUAUGCUUCGGCAUUUCUUUUUCCUUUUGAAAAUCAACAUUGGUCAAGCAAAGACCCCUUCUAGUCAGCUUUGCUAUACCUGGAAUGCAGCAGACCUGGGUGAAAUGCUUUCUAAUACUCAAGUAUAGCCUAUGUAGUGCACUUUAUUUAGCUCAGACUUCUCCUCUUAGGGACUAUUCCAUUGUACAAGGCAAACUAAAUUAAGCGCAUUUGAAGUAUUGGGAAGUAUUUGAAAUAUGUUUUUGACCCAGGUUUGGAAUGCAGUGUGACAAGACUGGUGUACAUUCAACAUGCUCCUGCCUAACUUUUACACAGGUAAAUUAGCAUUUUAUAAAACAUUCAAAUGUUAUGCAUGUACAAAAUAUAUGCCUUCAGUCAAAAUGUUCAUAUUUGAUACAUUUAAGAAUGUAAAUACAUGAGUUUGGCAGGACUUUAAAUGACAAAGACAAGCCUGUUGAGUAUAAUGAGCUGUGUGUGCUCCCAGGUCAAGGCACAGUUGAAAAUAUGUCAGCGUACAAAAAUAUGUUUUUUUACAAUAUUAAUUCUGCAAUAAAAACAUUCUUGGCAUUG